CGGACGGACUCGAAGCCAGCGGCCAGCACGUUGCGCGAUGCCUCCAGUCACGGUUCUUAAAAAGAACUACUACGUAGUCAGGUUCUACACUGAAAAAGACGUUGUAAGUGUGGUCCCGCUAAAAUGGAUGCGAGGCACCGACUAUUGCUUGUGGCCGCCAAAGGACCUGGCUGGUUCCAAACUCCUGGACGCUGCGGAGAAGGGCAUGGAGCCCAUCAAGAACUGGAAAAUUUUUCCAGUCAUAAUAAUGGGUGGAUCUAGCACAUACAAGAAGGCGGAUACGAAGCUGAAGGAAGCCUUGAUAACCUCCUGCUUGGAGUCGUCGGCAGCCUCAGGCGAUGACCAAGAAAAUAUCCAACCAUCAAACAUUGAAGUUGAAGAGAACUUCCCUCUCCCUGCUGCACCCCCAGGUUGGAAGGGACCUCAAGGGGCUCGAGCCUCAAGGCCAACACGCAAGGACCUACCAACUGCAAAACGGAAGGGAGGCCGAGAGGCUCCACCUGCAACGCGGAAGGGAGGCCGAGAUGCUCCAGCCCCUGCCCCAGCUCGGAAGGGAAGCCGUGAGGCCCCAGCCCCAACAGGGAAGGAAGGCCCAGAGGGGGCUUCAGCGGGAACCGGGCAACGCCAUCAAGCUCUGCAGAAAGGAGCUGAGGGGUGCGUUAUGGAUGGAUUCCAAACGGUAGCACUAAAGGUUCUACUCAAAGUCCAGGAACAAAACAAAGAAAUUUUAGAACAAAACAGUUUGAUAAUUAGGCAACAAAAUGUCAUCCUGGCGAGGAUCGAAGUCCUGGAGGAGAGUCCUCGGCAGCCAAAUGAGCCUCCCCCACCUGAGCUGCCAAGGCUACCAUUAGAAACUAUGAAGGAGUUUGAAGAGGUCGAGGGCUCUCUACAAAGUGCCACCCUGAGAGUUGCCUUGAGAAAGGAACUCUCAACCCUCGGCGGGACCACCCUCUCGAACGUUGUGCGCCUCGUUAUGGAGCGGACAGUCCGCAAGGAGAUACAACUGCAGUUCAGCCUCAUGGGCCGAAAGGGCAAGAGGUCCUUUAAGGGCACGAGGCUGUAUGAUGUGGUCCUUGCGGCUGUCCGUGCCAGGCUCUGCAACCUGAGAGGGGGGGACAAAAGCAAGGAGCAAGAGCCGACCAACACGAUACAAGACAUCGAAAGGGCCCUUUCAAAGUGGCUGGCAUCUGCAGCCGACAGGGAAGGAGGCCGGCAGCUGCGGGCCGCCCCCAAGGGCAGACCCGUCUCCAGCCCGCAUCGUCAUCCAGCUGGCAGUUCCCACUCUGGCAGCCGACACCCGGAUGGUGGAGCCUGUACUUCUCGCCAUGUUGGGAGUGCUCGCAGCCUCCUUCAUAUUCCUGGCCCCCAUACUCCCACCCGCCCCCUCAACGCUUCCGGCCCCCAUAAUCCCACCCGCCCCCUCUACGCAUCUGGCCCCCGUACUCCCACCCGCCCCCUUCACGCUUCCAGCCCCUGUUCCCCCCUCAGCCCCCUUUCUUGCGGAAGCCCCUCCCAAACCCCCUGUCCUAGUCCAAGGUGGUCGGACAUUUCUGAUUCGCCUUGAAAUGCGUCUGUAAAUAGUUGUAAAUACAG